CGGACGUUGGGCGAAGCUGCGGCUGCAAGCGGGGUAAGGCUGGACCUGCCGCCCGGGGGAGAUCUUCUUUGCCCGGCGGCGCAAAGAAGCCGGCAUCGCCCCCUUUUCCUGGGGGGCAGGAUCCUUACCAAGGGGGAGCUGCCCAUGCCAUCUCCACAGGGACUCCCCCGGACAGUUUCCUUUCACACGGUUUUUGCUCCGUCGCCUUCAGGCCCUAAUGAUGCCAUCUGACAAAUCUGUCUCAUCUGCUCCAGUCUUCCAGUUUACCAACUGCUGGAUUUUGAAGAAUCACAAACUGCAAAGAGAGGACCUGUGGGUGAGGGAAGGGACGAUCCUCAACCCAGAGAAGCUCUUCUUUGACGAGAAAAGGCUGGCAGAUGUCCAACUGGACUGCAAGGGGAGCAUCGUUGCGCCCGGCUUCAUCGAUGUGCAAAUCAAUGGAGGCUUUGGAGUGGAUUUCGCCACGGCCACAGACAAUGUGGGAGCAGGAAUUUCCCUGGUCAGCGGGAAGAUCCUGUCCCAUGGAGUGACCUCUUUCUGCCCCACCUUGGUGAGCUCCCCCUCAUCUGUAUAUCACAAGGUUCUGCCCCAGAUCAGCAUAAAAAAUGGAGGGUUCCAUGGUGCUGGUGUCCUGGGCAUCCACCUGGAGGGUCCGUUCAUCAGCAAGGAGAAGAAAGGGGCUCACCCGGAGCACUGCCUCCGUACCUUCGAGAAGGAAGCCUUUCAGGAUCUGCUUGCCACUUACGGGUCCCUAGAGGGCGUCCGCAUCGUCACCCUGGCGCCCGAGCUCAAAGGGAGCAGUGAAGUGAUCCAGGAACUUACUAAGCAGGGCAUCCGUGUGUCACUAGGUCAUUCCAUGGCCAACUUAUCUCAGGCGGAAGAAGCAGUUCAGCAAGGGGCAACCUUCAUCACUCACCUCUUCAAUGCCAUGCUACCUUUCCACCACCGAGAUCCUGGGAUUGUGGGGCUCCUCACAAGUGACCAGAUUCCCCCGGGUCGGCAGGUGUUUUACAGCAUGAUAUCGGAUGGGAUCCAUACAAACCCGGCCGCUCUGCGGAUUGCGCAUCGGGCCAACCCCAAAGGGCUGGUCUUGGUGACGGAUGCCAUUGCUGGGAUGGGACUUGCUCCAGGCAGACAUACGCUGGGCCAGCAGGUGGUUGAAAUGGACGGUCUGAACUCCUACAUUGCAGGGACCAAAAUACUGAGUGGAAGCACUGCACGGAUGGAUGCCUGUGUCCGGCACUUCAAGGAAGCUACAGGGUGCUCUGUGGAGACGGCUCUGGAGGCUGCUUCUCUCCAUCCUGCUCAGCUGUUGGGGAUUGAAGACCAGAAGGGCACCUUGGAUUAUGACACCGAUGCAGAUUUCUUGCUGCUGGAUGACAGUCUGCACAUCAGAGCUACCUACAUUGCUGGUCAGCAGGUCUGGAGACACAAUGCCUUCAUUCUCUGAGGAGACCGGAGCUGGGAGGAGAAUACGCUGUUCUUUAAAUCAGCGGCAGAAGGUUAACUCCAGCUGAUGGGUGGCAACUCCGGGCCAAAGGCUGUUCCUCUUUCUCUCCUCUCUGGGAGGAACUAAGAAUGAACUGAGUCACCAGGACAAUCCUGAUGUCUGGCCUGCAACAACUUUAUGUUUCGGAGAACUCUGAUUUCCUUACCCCGGUUCUAGUGGGCUGGGGUAGUUUCCUGCUCUGCUAAUCCCCCCAGUGCUGGUUUUGGGGGACUUCCAUCAAGCGAAACAAAUCCUGUCCUAUUUAUUGUGGAAGGACAGAGACCCAGGCCAGCUUUGCAGAUGGAGCAACGGAAUGAGGAAGCCUGCCAACCACAGGAAGCCUGGACGUUUUUUGCCCUCACUGCCCUCCCUCUCUUGUUAACAAGAUUUGGCACUUCGUCAACAGUUAAAGGCCUCCUAAGCCGUUGCUGUCAGCAGGUCUAACUCUAUGGUGGUAGGACUCUGCCAGGUGCUGUUUUUUGGCCUUAAAAUUGCUGUUGUUCUUCCCCCUUUGGCUGUCUCUAACGCUUCCUUAUCCUUUGGAGGAUUCAUCACCAAGCUGUGAUGCCAAAGGAUCACCACCACACCUCCCUGCUCCUUCCUUGUGCCUUCCGCUGCACUUGCAGUGCUGUUCCGUGAAAUGGGCAGAAAGAAAACCAUGUAUCAGGUUCUGUGUAAAAAAAAAAAAAAAUCUGUAAUUUGAAUACAUUACACCAAUCUGUAUUGCUGCUUAUUUUGCAUAAUAUAUUCUGUUCCUUCUGAUCUGGGAGCUGGGCGUGUGCUGCUACUCUGUUUCUCUGAUCAUUGGGUGUUCUGCUGAGUUUCAACACCCAUUUUCAAAGCCUCUUACCUAUACCUAUGAU